AUGCAGAUUCCCAGUGGUUGGGGAAGCGUGUCAGCAAAGCAUUGGAAAAGGUAUAUUCAAGAGUAUGAAUUAGUACAUCAAGGAAGCAAGCCAGCCAUCAAUGGGCUGCUUGCGGAUUUUACUUGGUCUGAUCUCAAUAAAGUCUGUAACUACUGGGUUUUUGGGGCUAUCUUAACUGUUCCUGGACAUGCUCUUACUCUCUCUCUCUCUCUCUCUCUCUCUCUCUCUCUCUCUCUCUUUAAUGCAUUGAAGGUUGGAGUAAGAGGGAAGGACAUUGUUGUUCUUGGUGUGGAAAAGAAGUCUGUGGCAAAACUUCAGGAUGAAAGAACUGUACGGAAGAUCUGUGCUCUUGAUGACAAUGUCUGCAUGGCUUUUGCAGGGCUUACAGCUGAUGCCAGAAUAGUUAUAAAUAGAGCUCGUGUAGAGUGUCAAAGCCAUAGACUUACAGUGGAGGAUCCUGUCACGGUGGAAUACAUUACACGUUACAUCGCUAGUCUCAAACAGAGAUAUACUCAAAGCAACGGCCGCAGACCUUUUGGUAUCUCUGCUCUUAUUGUGGGAUUUGACUUUGAUGGAACCCCCCGGCUGUAUCAGACUGAUCCGUCCGGUACAUACCAUGCUUGGAAGGCUAAUGCCAUUGGCAGAGGAGCCAAAUCUGUGCGUGAAUUCCUGGAGAAAAACUAUACUGAUGAAGCCAUUGAGACAGAUGACCUAACUAUUAAACUUGUCAUCAAGGCUCUUCUUGAGGUUGUACAGUCUGGUGGGAAAAACAUUGAGCUGGCAGUUAUGAGACGAGAUCAGCCACUGAAGAUUUUAAGCCCUGAAGAAAUUGAGAAGUAUGUUGCUGAAAUUGAAAAAGAAAAGGAAGAAAACGAAAAGAAAAAACAGAAGAAAACAACAUGAUGACCGAAAUUCAACUGCUUAGCUGCUUCCUUUUUAAUUCAAGUGAUGGGUUAUUCUGUAUAGACAACGUGUAGGCAUUCCAUUUAUUCAUACUGUGCCCCUCUUGAAACAUCCAAUAAACCUACUGAUUUUUUUUUUUAAGCUCUUAUUUUAAAGAAAUCUAUUUGUUCCUUGUAUUUUAAUUACCUAGGGCUAUUUGGCUACAAAACAGCAAGAGAUCCAUUAAAAAACAAAGAUUUAUUUGCAUUUUUUUCCUCUGGCACUUCAGUUUGUUUAAUGAUUCUCUUCCACUGUUUCAUUUGUUAGCUUACUCUUUAGCUGGCCCAAGCAGUGUUAUAUGGCCUCAACAGAAUGUAACUGGUAUGGAAACAUGAGGGCUUUUUUUUUUCUAAAUUGUACUUCUACAUUUAAAGGGCCAGGCCCUGAACAUAAGAUUUAACACCUUCUGUCACAAACUGUACUGGGUUUACCUCUAGAGAACAAUAUAGAGAAUUUGGGGUGUAAUGCUUUGGGAAGUCAGCAUGAGAAUUGAUUGUUCUGAAGGCAUGUCAUAACAGAAGAGGUCCGUGACUUGCUACUUAAUUAGAUUUUGCAUGAUUCAUCUGGUUCAGAAUAAAAGUAUUGCUAUUGUGAUUGCCCACUAGGGGAUUUAUAGAUCAAUAACUUCCUAAUGCUAAAAGGAACUACAAAGAAUGUUACAUACCACAGCAGUUAAACCAUAAAGCUCUAGUCCAGUUUCUCCUUUUCUACUUAAUUUCAUCUCACCAGCAGGAGUGGUGUUCAGUUCUUGGUCAAGCCUGUUUACUGUUCACAUUCAGCAUAUUUCCACAGCUAGUUCCCUAUUCCCUUCAGUAAAUGAUAGAUCACUUAUUCUUUAUAGAAUGUAAAGGCCUCUGUACCGAAAUCAUAUCACACUGUAUGGACAAACUCAUCCUCUGGUCUUUGGAAACAGUUAUUGAUCAGUUCAGAUAUGCACUUGCUAAUGCAUAAUACAAUAAAAUGUGAAAUAGAUACAUUUAGAAAUAGCAGGUGAUAACUGGUUAUUCAUUGAUACUUUAAAAAAAAAAAAAGCACAAAGGAGAUGACAAAAUAUCCAAAUCUGAUAUUUUAUUUCAGAUAAGUAUUUGUAUAGUGGCAUCUUUGUCAGAGAGCCUCCGUUUUGGCAGUCUUCCAACACUACCUAUUUAAGUAUAGGUAUGCUAAGCUAGUGGAAGAUAGGUGAAAAGCUAUUUCUACAUGCUUCAUCUGCUUUCAACAGCUUUGCUCAAUAAUAAACUUAAUAGAGACAAUUUUCAAGCUUAGCUCUGUUGCUAACAAGCUGUACUCCACAGCAAUGUUCUUAACCCCUUUCUAGCACUUUCUGGUACCUGGAAGUCUUGCUGUUAACAGAGGUAGAGCUUGUCCCUGUGGGGACCAGGAAAAAUAGCACUGCUGGUUUGACUAUGGUCUGAUCUAAAAGAGAAGGCUUGCCUAGGUGAUAGUGGGCCUGCAAGCUUUUAUGCUAUCAGAAAUUAACAUAACCACUGCUAGUUACUUUUUUUUUUCUUCCUGCCUGUGUUAACUGUUGCUGUCUUGUUUAUCUUUCUGUAUAGUCAUUAAGUUUACACAGUAAAACCUGUAUUCUUAA